ACAUCUCAAUUUUCCUUGUCUUUAUUUUGUGUCACUUUUUUCUUCUUCUUAUCCAACGAAUUUAAAUACAGUAUACAGGUGCACUGAUUGCUAAUGUCAUCUUUGGCUACUGGGGCACCCGAACGGCCCCAAAAAUCCAAUAUCAAUUUGCACAUAUUUUCCAAAGACCCCCCCAAACAAUAAUGCUUGAAUGAAUCUCUAUGGAUCAAGAAGCCAUGCCAAAACCAAAACACUGUCGAACUCAAGCCUCUUCCGAUGAGACUUUGCUGUUGCCAGGCUUACCAAACCACCUUGCACAGCUCUGCCUUGCAAAAAUCAACCCUUCCGUUCUCUUCUCUGUUUGCCGCUCAUGGCGGCGCCUUAUCUACUCUCCUUCCUUCCCUCCUUUUUUCUCUCUCUACGCCAUUCUCUCUCCACCACCACCUCAUCACCACCACCACAACCCCAAUUCCCCCGUUCAGUUCUCCUCACUAGACCCCAUAUCAAACACAUGGACAUCUCUCCCUCCUCCUCCGUCCUCCCCUCCUCUCCAACUCCUCCACUGCCACCCGUCCUUCCUCUCCCGAAAACUACCGAUCCAAUGGUUGUCCGUCUCCGGCCGCCUUGUCCUCGUUGCUGCCACUACCCACCAGUUCACACCAGCGAUGCCUCGUCCUCUUGUGUUCCAACCACUGUCCAACCAGUGGUCCUUCGGCCCCCCGCUGCCCGAGCCGCGCCGCUGGUGUGGAGUCGGGACUGUGGGUGGAAAAGUGUACGUGGCUAGUGGGAUUGGAACAACUUAUAGAGGAGAUGUUGCGAGGUCGAUGGAAGAGUGGGACACGAAGAGAAAGGAGGCUUCUUCGUCAUGGGUUAAGAAGGCAUGCCUUAAAGAUGGAAGGUUUAGCAGGGAGGAUGUGGAGGCUAUUGGGUACAGAGGGAAGCUAUGGAUGGUGAAUUCAAAGGGCAAUGCAGUCAAAGAAGGGGUUGUCUAUGAUGUGCAGAAGGACACGUGGCAAGACAUGCCUCAAGGCAUGCUUGGUGGAUGGAAUGGGCCAGCUGCUGCAACCAUCAAUGAUGAUGGUCAUGAUGAUGAUGUGAUGUAUGUGGUGGAUGAGAGAAAAGGAGUAUUGAACAAGUAUGUUGAUGAAAAUGACUGCUGGGAAAUGGUGAUGGAGUCGGUUGUGUUAAGAGAGGCUGAGCAAGUUUGUGCCGGGAGGGGUAGAGUUUGUGUGGUUUGUGCUAACGGAAGAAAGAUUGUGGUGGUAGAUGUUGUGGCGACACCACCGCGAAUUUGGGUGGUGGAGCCGCCGCCGAUGUUGGAAGUUGUGGCGGUACACAUUUUGCCUAGGAUGUGUAGGCCGGAUUAAUAUUUUAAUUGCGCUUCAUGAUUCAUAUUAAGAAUAGUUUAAUAU